UAUGGCCCCGCAGCGGCACUGCAGCAGCAGAGCGCCUCCUCCCUCCUCCUGGAGCCGGAGUUGCAUUCCUGUUCUCUCCAUUCACACGGAGGGAGCCACCGGAGAGAGAGCACCGCCGCUCCGUGACCAGAGUGGAAUGUCCCUAAGUUUUGGAAUUUAAAAACAUGGCGAGGAUAUCUAACCUACGGAUCACUUGAACCUGGCUCCCACCUCGUGCAUCUGUGGAUGAUGUUCCUGAUGACUGCUUGCAACGCUGAGGACAGGACAGUGAAUCAAUAGGCGUUUUGUUGCCCCGCCCUUUAUCCUUCUCUCUCCCUCAAAACUGUCCUCCUUUAUUCCUUGACAGAAGAACAAAAACGAAAGAAAAUCCUGACUUGGGUCUUGGUACCUGAGCUUGUACUCCUCCUCCUCCUCAGUUUUUCCUUCUCCAACCCCCUAAACCUGGCCCAGAUAUGUGCCCCCUAGCUCGGUCAAUGGCUGCCCCUGGCCAAGGGAACUUGUUUCUCCUCUUGGGGCUUUUGCUUAUCAUGAGCUCAUCCUUCUCUGGCGGCCAACCCCCACCCUUCAAACUAUUUGCUCCUGUUGAGUGGGGGCUUACACAUCUGGCCAUCCACAACAAAACUGGAGAAGUCUACGUGGGAGCUGUCAACUGGAUUUUCAAGCUGUCUAGCAACCUGACCAAACUUCGCAGCCACAUGACUGGCCCAGUGGUGGACAAUGAGAAGUGCUACCCUCCACCCAGUGUUCAGUCCUGCCCUCAUGACCUGGCCCAGAUUCCCAAUGUGAACAAGCUUCUUCUCAUAGACUACGCACAGAACCGCCUCAUUGCCUGUGGCAGCGCUUCGCAGGGAAUUUGCCAGUUCCUACGUCUGGAUGACCUCUUUAAGCUUGGCGAACCCCACCACCGCAAGGAGCACUACCUUUCUAGUAUGGCAGAGUCGGGCACCAUGUCCGGGGUCAUCAUAAGCUCCCCCCACAGUCCGACCAGCAAGCUUUUCAUCGGAACCCCCAUUGAUGGCAAAUCUGAGUACUUCCCCACAUUGUCCAGCCGCAAGCUGAUGGAGAAUGAAGAAAAUGCAGACAUGUUCAGUUUUGUCUAUCAGGAUGAGUUUGUCUCCUCUCAGCUGAAGAUCCCCUCUGACACUUUGUCCAAGUUCCCUGCUUUCGACAUCUAUUAUGUUUACAGCUUCAGCAGCGAGCAGUUUGUCUAUUAUCUAACAAUGCAGCUGGAUACCCAAUUGACUUCACCUGAUGCCAGUGGAGAGCAGUUCUUCACCUCAAAAAUUGUCCGCCUUUGUGUGGACGACCCCAAGUUUUACUCCUACGUUGAGUUCCCCAUUGGCUGCACUAAAGAUGGGGUAGAGUACCGCCUGGUGCAGGAUGCCUUCUUGGCUCGUCCAGGCCGGCAGCUGGCCAACUCUCUGGGGAUAUCGGAGAAUGAAGACAUCCUCUUCACAGUCUUCUCUCAGGGUCAGAAGAAUCGGGCCAAACCACCCAAAGAGUCAGCAUUGUGCCUGUUCACCCUCAGGAGGAUAAAGGAGAAGAUCAAAGAAAGAAUUCAGUCCUGCUACAAGGGAUAUGGGAAACUCUCCUUACCCUGGCUGCUCAACAAGGAGCUCGCUUGCAUCAACUCGCCCCUGCAGAUAGACGAUAACUUCUGCGGCCAGGACUUCAACCAGCCUCUCGGGGGAACCAGCACCAUCGAGGGAACACCCCUCUUCAUCGACAAAGAUGAUGGCAUGACCUCGGUGGCAGCAUACGACUACCGUGGCAACACCGUGGCUUUUGUUGGCACGAGGAAUGGCAAACUGAAGAAGAUCUUGGUAAACUCUGUGAGUCCCAACCGUCCAGCGGUGCUCUACGAGAAGGUGACUGUAAGCGAGGGAGGAAGUCCCUUACUGAGAGACAUGCUGUUCAGCCCAGACCAGCAGUACAUCUACACGCUGACUGACAGACAGGUGGUGAGAGUUCCAGUGGAAAGCUGCGAGCAGUACACCACUUGUGGGGAGUGUUUGGGCUCCAGAGACCCUCACUGUGGUGAUGUGUGUCCUCCACAAUGUUGUUCACGUAAGGACCGGUGUGAAGCGCCGGAGACCAGAGUUGCCUCGAAUCCACGACGUUGUGGAACUCAUUCGCGAAUAUCUGUUACCAUGUCGGAAGUCCAGCUGGUCCUUCAGGCUCGUAACGUGCCUGAUCUGUCAGCAGGGGUCAACUGCUCCUUCGAGGACUAUGUGGAGACGGAGGGACAGAUCCAGGGUGGACACAUCUUCUGCCUGUCUCCCUCUGUCCGGGAGAUUAUCCCCAUCACAAGGAACAAAGGUGACAUGCGGGUGGUGAAGCUCUAUCUGAAGUCCAAGGAGACGGGCAAGAAGUUUGCCAGUGUCGACUUUGUCUUCUACAACUGCAGUGUCCAUCAGUCUUGUCUCUCCUGUGUAAACGGCUCGUUCCCAUGCCACUGGUGCAAGUACCGGCACAUGUGCACCCAGAACGCCAAUGACUGCUCUUUCCAGGAGGGACGUGUCAACAUCUCUGAGGACUGCCCUCAGAUCCUUCCCUCAACCCAGAUCUACAUCCCUGUUGGGGUGACCAAGCCAAUCACCUUAGCUGCCAAGAACCUGCCCCAGCCCCAAUCAGGACAAAGGAACUAUGAAUGCGUCUUCCACAUCCAGGGGGAGACCACUAGUGUACCCGCCCUGCGCUUCAACAGCACCUCAAUCCAGUGCCAGAAAACAGCGUAUACCUACGACGGCAAUGAUAUCAGUGACCUGCCAGUGGAUUUGUCUGUAGUUUGGAACGGAAACUUUGUCAUCGAUAACCCCUACAACAUCAAAGCCCACCUGUAUAAGUGCUAUGCCCUGAGGGAGAGCUGUGGGAUGUGUCUGAAGGCAAACCCCAGGUUUGAAUGUGGCUGGUGCGUACAGGAGAAGAAAUGCUCCUUGAGGCAGGAGUGUACUCCCCCAGAGAACACUUGGAUGCAUGCCACCACAGGAAACAGCCGCUGUGCACACCCCAAGAUCACCAAGUUGUCUCCGGAGACGGGGCCCAGGCAGGGAGGAACCAUGCUGACCAUCACUGGUGAGAACCUGGGUCUCCAGUUCAAAGACAUCCAGAAUGGAGUCCGCAUCGGAAAGGUGGCCUGCAACCCUCAGGAGGACCAAUACAUCAGUGCCGAGCAGAUUGUGUGCCGGCUAAAUGAUGCAACAGGUUACAGGGUGCAGGAGGCUCAGGUAGAAGUGUGUGUGAGGGAUUGCAUUCACCCCGACUACAAAGCAGUCUCCACCAAGGCCUUCUCCUUUGUGUCUCCAUACUUUAACCGUGUCAUUCCUUCUACUGGACCGCUGUCUGGAGGAACAAAGAUCACCAUUGAAGGAAGUCAUCUCAAUGCAGGCAGUGCUGUAUCUGUGAAGAUAGGACUUCACCCCUGCCACUUUGAGAGGCGGAGCAACAAGGAGAUAGUGUGUGUCACCCCGGCUGGACAAACCCCUGGCACCACCCCAGUCAUGGUGGACAUCAACUCUGCGGAGCUGAGGAACCCAGAGGUCAAGUUCAACUACUCGGACGAUCCCACCAUCCUCAAGAUCGAGCCCGACUGGAGUAUCGCCAGUGGAGGAACCAUGUUGACCAUCACUGGAACCAAUCUGGCCACCAUCAAGGAGCCCAAAAUGAGAGCCAAGUAUGGAGCUGCCAAGUCAGAAAAUAACUGCACAGUUGUCAACAACACUGUGAUGGUGUGUCUGGCGCCCUCUGUGGCCGGAUCUGAAAAAGGCUUUUCAGAGUCGGGCAGCAGUCCUGAUGAGAUGGGCUUUGUCAUGGAUGACGUGCGCUCUGUGCUGGUGGUAAACGAGACCUUCAGCUACCACCCGGACCCCGUGUUCGAACCUCUGAGCCCCUCGGGCAUGCUGGAGCUGAAGCCCAGUUCACCGCUUAUACUCAAGGGCCGUAACUUAAUUCCUACAGCCCCAGGAAACUCUAAGCUGAAUUACACUGUGCUGAUCGGUGAGACGCCCUGCAUUCUCACCCUGUCUGAGAGCCAGCUGCUGUGUGAAUGGCCCAACCUGACCGGAGAACACAAAGUCACUGUGCGUGUUGGAGGCUUUGAAUACUCACCGGGGACCUUGCAGAUCUACUCCGACAGCCUGCUCACCCUGCCUGCCAUCAUUGGUAUUGGAGGAGGUGGUGGCUUGCUCCUGCUGGUUAUCAUCGUGGUGCUGAUUGCUUAUAAGAGAAAAUCACGGGAUGCGGACCGCACCCUCAAACGGCUGCAACUGCAGAUGGACAACUUGGAGUCCAGGGUGGCCCUUGAGUGCAAGGAAGCCUUUGCAGAGCUGCAGACAGACAUCCACGAACUCACUCAGGAGCUGGACGGAGCAGGAAUCCCCUUCCUGGACUACCGCACCUAUGCCAUGAGAGUCCUCUUUCCUGGGAUUGAGGACCAUCCUGUGCUCAAGGAGAUGGAGGUACGGGUCCCUGCUAACACGGAGAAGGCCCUGACAUUGUUUGGCCAGAUGCUGACCAAAAAGCACUUCCUGCUGACCUUCAUCCGCACCUUGGAGGCGCAGCGGUCCUUCUCCAUGCGAGACCGGGGCAACGUGGCCUCCCUUAUCAUGACGGCGCUGCAGGGGGAGAUGGAGUACGCCACGGGCGUCCUCAAACAGCUCCUGUCUGACCUCAUCGACAAAAACCUGGAGAGCAAGAACCACCCAAAACUCCUUCUCAGAAGGACGGAGUCAGUCGCUGAGAAGAUGCUCACCAACUGGUUCACCUUCCUGCUUUACAAGUUCCUCAAGGAGUGUGCUGGUGAGCCUCUCUUUAUGCUGUACUGCGCCAUGAAGCAGCAAAUGGAAAAGGGCCCAAUAGACUCAAUCACAGGAGAGGCCCGCUACUCCCUCAGCGAGGACAAACUCAUCAGGCAGCAGAUUGACUACAAGACUUUGACGCUGCACUGUGUGAACCCAGAGAAUGAGAACGCUCAGGAGGUGACGGUGAAGAGCCUGAACUGUGACACAGUGACGCAGGUGAAGGAGAAGCUGCUGGACGCUGUGUACAAGGGCACACCAUAUUCCCAGAGACCAAAGGCUUCCGAUAUGGACCUGGAAUGGCGGCAGGGUAGGAUGGCUCGCAUCAUCCUUCAGGACGAGGAUGUCACCACCAAGAUAGACAACGACUGGAAGAGACUCAACACCCUGGCUCACUACCAGGUGACAGAUGGCUCAGUGAUUGCCCUGGUGCCUAAACAGAACUCAGCCUACAAUAUCUCCAACUCCUCCACAUUCACGAUCCUCAGCAGAUAUGGUACGAGAGAAGAGAGCAUGCUGAGGACAGCCAGCAGUCCGGACAGCUUGCGCUCCCGAACACCCAUGAUCACCCCCGACCUCGAGAGCGGCACCAAACUGUGGCACCUAGUCAAGAACCAUGACCACUCAGACCAGAGGGAAGGGGACCGAGGGAGCAAGAUGGUCUCUGAGAUCUACCUGACCAGACUGCUGGCCACCAAGGGUACGCUUCAGAAGUUUGUGGAUGACCUGUUCGAGACCAUUUUCAGCACAGCGCAUCGAGGAAGCGCCCUGCCUCUCGCCAUCAAGUACAUGUUUGACUUCUUGGACGAGCAGGCAGACAAACACUCCAUAUCAGACUCUGAUGUGCGGCACACUUGGAAGAGCAACUGUCUUCCUCUGAGGUUCUGGGUGAAUGUGAUCAAGAACCCCCAGUUUGUCUUUGAUAUCCAUAAGAACAGCAUUACAGACGCCUGCUUGUCUGUAGUGGCUCAGACCUUCAUGGACUCCUGUUCAACAUCGGAGCAUAAACUAGGGAAGGACUCGCCUUCGAACAAGCUGCUCUACGCUAAAGACAUCCCCAACUAUAAGAACUGGGUAGAGAGGUACUACUCUGACAUCUCCAGGAUGCCAGCCAUCAGUGACCAGGACAUGAGUGCCUACCUGGCGGAGCAGUCACGCCUGCAUGCCAACCAGUUCAACAGCAUGUCGGCCCUAAACGAGAUCUACUCCUACAUUGUCAAGUACAAGGAUGAGAUCUUGUCAGCGUUGGAGCGGGACGAGCAGGCGAGGAGACAGAGACUGAGGAGCAAGCUGGAGCAGGUCAUUGACACAAUGGCCCUGAGCAGCUGAGGACCGUCCAGCGCCUCCAUUUCCUCCUCCUCUUCACUCCUCCUCUCCAUCUGUCUCUCUCCCUCGCUCCUCUCACCCAGACAACAAACAAAACUCCAACCCCCAACAGUACGACAGACAAACUGCAAAAGGACUAUAGCAGUAUACUGAAAAAUGGGGGGGUUCGAUAGAGAUGGGCGGGCCUGUGUACGCUUACAUGUGUAUGUGUGUGUUUGUCUGCAGCCCCAUACAGUGUGUGGGCUCAUGUCUGUGUGAGAGACUGGGACACCAGACAUUUUCACACAUGCAUACAUGGAAAAACAUGUCAAUGGCAUUUGAGCAUUUGAUUAUUGUGGAUGUUGGUGUUUGUUGUUUGCUUGACUUUGAUUUCAAGAGUUUUGUCGUGAUGAAGCGAUGGCCAGGAAAGAAACAAUGGAAGCCUGGAAAGGAACUCAAUAUAUGGCAUUAUUCAGAUGAUGGACGAAUCUGUGAUGAGCCAAUGAAGAGAGGCUUAUGUGACUCCAACGGGUGUUACAGUUUUAAAGGAUGUUUUUUUUGUAUAGAUGUAAUCAACUGCCCACUCUCUGAUCUCUCGCCACUUGUAUUACUGCUGAAUUUGCACAAUUUACAGAAACGUUAGGAAAGACGAUAUAGAUAUUAUAUAUAAAUACAGCUACGUUUUUAAAGAAACAUUAGGGAGAAAACAUUUUGGUUGUUUUUCAUUUAAACCAACAAACACACAAAACAUAACAACAAUAAAACAUGAUUUGAUAUUUCAAGUACAAAAGAAAAAACAACGUAGACAAAAAAAAGUUUGAAAAAGAAACAAAAAAGUCGUACUGUGCCAUGUUUUCUUUGAAUGUUGUUUAGUGCAAAGACAUUUUGUUAGAUGGAAUGUGCUACCGUUUGAUUUUAAAUAUGAACAUGCCUAGUGACUGAAAAGAAUUGUUUGAGUAAUGACCCAUCAUAAGAUUCUUGUUGAAAAUGACAGGAAGUGAGAGGACACAGUUUUUGGUCUUCUCAAGUUAGUACAGUUCAUGGUGUCAUGGUGAUAACAUGAAAUUGCUGUUGUUUCUAAUUCAAUCAGUGCAAUCUUUUGGUUUCAGAAAACCAAACAUAAACUCACAGGAUUUUUGCUUCAUCAUGACCAAGUAUUCCGCGCCCCGGCUGGUUCUGUUCUCCAAGGGUCAAGAAGUGACAGUUAGGUGGAUCAUGUUAUAGUAACUGAACAAUGAAGUAGCUACAUUGCACUACCUGAAAUAUUUUCGUUGACCCGAUACCACAAAGCCACCAUAGCUAACCAUUAAGAUGUGUUCACACCAAACGUGAAGUUUUUGCACAGUGCGAUUACAUAUAAAGUCCAGGCAAUCGUUUUUUUCACGCCAAGUGACGCAAAAUGCGUCCGUGUGAGUCGAAGUGUUUGAACAUUUCCGUAAUGCUGUGUCAGCGUUGAGAUGUUCCAGAGAAUCAGAAAUGGAGGACAAACUUAUUGUCGCCGGCUGCGGGCUGCGGGCUUAUGGAGCUCUACGACUCAACGUCAGUACUGUACAGAGAUGGAACAAACAAAGAGAUGGCUUGGGGAAAAGCCAUCGGACUACAUGAUAACAUCUGAAAUAUGUAUUUGUAACUUGAAUCCAGCUAUCAGAUGUACUGAUACAAACCAAAUUAGCACUGUUAGCAUUAGCCGCCUUCCCCAGUUAGUUAGCUAGCACUCCAAAAAACACCAAAUUUGCGCGUGUAAAGCAAGUCGAAAGUUUGCUUUGCUUUUGGCCUGAACACACCUUAAGGAUUCCACAGGGCCUGAGUUUGUGUUAUCUACACCUUGUCGGGUCAUUUAUUUUCCAACAUAGUCCUUUUAGAGCAAAGCCUAGCUAUGUCUUGUUGCUCUCAGACGCCAUUUACGUCUUUACAGUAGCGACAAUGAGGUCAGGUAGAGCUUAGCUGAGCCCCUCAGUGGUGAAACAAAGUGGGAAAAGCGGUUUUCAGCCUAAAGACACUGUUUCCGUUUUCUCAACGUUAAUACCCAAAUAGAGGGACAAGGAAAAUAUAUACUGAGUUUUUCUCUCCACCUCUUACCUAUGUAUUUGAGAGAGGGGUUUUAGCUUUUCAUCCAUGGGCAGGUUGGGGGGGAGGUAUAGAAAUAUACAGAGGUGAGACAUCUCUGUUCAUUAGCUACAUAAGUCUGAGUAUUCCUCCCCUUAGCCUGCAGCUCUUGUUUCAAAAAUAGCCUAUUGCCAUGUGUGGCUUAAGCUUUUUUAUUAUUAUUAUUAUUAUGAAGUCUGCUUUCUUAAGAGGAUUUCUUUAUUUCUCUUCUUUUUUUUUUAAGUCCUGAAGUCAGGGUUUUGACUUUGUUGUGAGAAAUAAUGUUUUUUUGAUUUUCUUUUUUCUGCUUGCCGAAAAACCAAACUGUGGUCCGUGUAUCAUUUUUGUUGAUGUUUUCAUUUGUAAAUUGUAUACUUUUUCAUGAUGAACAAAAGCUGUUUGCCAUUUUUUUUGUUAUCAGGUAGGUUUUUGUUUUUUUCUCUUUUUAUUUUCAACAUGUAAAUUGUACAUUGUACGGUACAAAGAAGACAAAAUUAUCUUCAGUUUGCCUGAAGUUGAAAUACUUGACAGAACUCAAGGUUUAUUUUCCUGAUCUCAAGGAUCAAAAUGAAAUUGUUGCAUCAGAUGAGCAUCUGUGUCUUUGUGAUGGAAAUGUGACUUGCUGCUUUUACUCUUGUACCUUGUUUUUCUAUCAAACAUUAGGGCUGUCAUUUUAUGCUGAUCAUAAAUGCUGUCGCUGUCCAUUUUUACGCCAGGUUCCUUUAAAAAAAAAAAAACUUCUCUCUCAUCCAAAAAUAGGUAGCACACCUCCCAAAUUAAUGUCAACCCACAAUUGUGUUUACAUGUCUGAUAUGUGACAUUACUUUCUACAGCUGCAUACAUGUCAGCCUAGUUCAACUGGAUACCUGUAGGGACUUGACAGUUUACUCUGUAUCUGCCAAACAGAAUCUUGAGGGACCACUCUGCUGAUGUUAGGAUACAAACUUCUCCAUUUCAGCUGACCAUGUUGGCUACACACAUUAAAUGAUCUCUAUUAGAAUCAUCAAUAUUAAAGAGAGUACUGCAAAACCUCCACUAAAAUGUGCUUAGUCCACAAACAAUAAUUAUAAAGAUGUUUUGUUUUUCUUCAGCGAACAGCCGAGUUUUUGCUGCAUUCGUACAUUUUGGUGCUCUUACUGUAUAUCAAGGCAAGGAAAUAGAUGACUGCUGAUGCCAGAGCUCAGCGGUGCUGUUAACAGCAGUUCCUUUAAUGGUCAGUAUGAGUACAAUGUACUGUAGGGACAAAUCCACUUGCUCCCUGUAAAAGCACACAGACCAAAACCUUCUAAGGGUACAGUGCCCAGUUGGUGAUCUGUCAGGCUUUUUAAUGACGCAUAAACAUUCUCAAUUCAUUGUCAGGUUCAUGCUCCAUUUGUGUCCGUAUUCCCUUUGUAAUUUGGUUGAUUAAAUGAGUGCUGAGGAAGAUAGCUAGUUUAUCGUUUGCAUGGCUACUUGCCUUUUAGAUUGACCUGCUUGGAUGCAUCUUUAGAGAAACUUCUCAUUUACCAUUCUCCAUCCUUCAUUUUGCACUGUUUAGUGUAAUAAUUGUCUUGUAGGCCUAAUAAUUGUUGUGGAGGUGGUACACGGCAUGUUUGGUGUCCUCAGGAAGAAGAAAACAUCAGCUGACUUACAGUAGAACUUGUCACAAGAACCACAUGCCAACUUCCAGCUGACAGAGAGUUGCUGGGUUUUACGCUAUUUCUCUGUCAAAUCAGAACAAAUUGAAAGAAGUGAAGUUUAAAUCAGUUUAAACUGAGUCACCACACAGUCAUGUAUCUCAUGUUUAACUCAGCUCUUAAGACAUGCAUAUUCAUACUUUGCCUCUCCAAAAAAAACAACAGUUCACUCAGAUGCAAGUCCUGGCAACAUUCUGUUUUCAGUUUUUUUUCCACCUUUUUUUCCAGCUUUCUUCCAAUUCUGGAAUAUUCAGUAGUUGUCUUUUUUUUGUUAUUGGAAGUUACAUAGAGUCCUAGGAAAUGUAUUAAAUGGAUUUCAGACAGAGCUGGCAAAGGAAUUUUAAUACUACAAUAACUCUGAUUACAUUUUAGAGUUUCAGACUUGAAGCAACUGUCACGAGUUUGCAGGUUAACAUUCAUUGUGUAAAUAUUCUGUUAUUUCCUAUUUUGCAGAUUUACUACUUGUAAAUAAACAUGCAUCAAGGAGAGAUUAAACAUUUUUUGCUAAAU